GGCGUAGAGGGGCGCCUUCGCGGGCGACAUGGACGCGACCAUUUCCGAACUCCUGGAGCUCUUCCUGCAGAGCCCCUUGGUGACCUGGGUGAAAACAUUUGGACCAUUAGGGAAUGGAAAUGAAGAAAAGCUCUCAAUGUACAUGGAUCUAGUAGAUGGAGUCUACCUGAACAAAAUAAUGCUGCAAGUAGAUCCAAGGCCAACCAACCAGCGUGUCAAUGAGCAUGUCAACAAUGAUACCAACCUCCGGAUUCAAAACCUCACUAUCUUGGUCAGAAACAUCAAGACAUAUUAUCAGGAGGUCCUCCAACAACUUAUCAUAAUGAGUUUACCAAAUGUCUUGAUAGUUGGCAAAGAUCCUCUGUCUGGUAAGAGUAUGGAAGAAAUUAAAAAGAUGCUCCUGCUAGUGUUAGGCUGUGCUGUGCAGUGUGAACGAAAAGAAGAAUUCAUUGAAAGGAUAAAACAACUAGAUAUUGAAACCCAGGCUGCGAUUGUUUCACACAUUCAAGAGGUAACCCACAAUCAGGAGAAUGUUUUUGACCUACAGUGGCUAGAGCUCCCAGAUAUGGCCCCAGAAGAGUUAGAAGCUCUUUCCAGAAAUAUGGUUUUCCAUUUGAAGAGGCUGAUUGAUGAGAGAGAUGAGUGCACAGAAAAGAAUGUUUCUUCGCCUACCAACUCUUCUGCAUGUGUUAACACAACAAGACGGAGCAAUCCGACAUCCGGAUAUAACCUCCCUGAAGUUGACAGCAUGGCGGAUCAACUGAGUCAUUUCACUGAGUCGAUACCGAUGCCACCUUGCUCUACAGAGGACCCUGUUCAGCAGACGGUACAUACGGCUCCUACCUCGGAUUCGACAGCAAUCGCUACGGCAUUGACGCCUAUUGACCAAGAAAUUCAGUUAACCAACUUGUACAAAAUCCUCAGGGAAGAAAAAUCAGAACAACUUGUUGAUACUAGACAUGAAAUGGAUGAACUUGUUGUGGAACUGCAGAAGAUAAAGCAAGAGAACAAUAACCUCAUGGCAGAUGCCCGCUCUGCUCGGGCCUAUAGGGAUGAAUUGGAUUCAUUAAGAGAAAAAGCAAACAGAGUGGAGAGACUUGAGAUGGAGCUGGUCCGGUGUAAAGAGAAACUGCAUGAUGUGGAUUUUUACAAGGCACGAAUGGAGAAACACGACACUUAA